CUGGAUUUUUAUUAAUCUGGACUUUCGUUGUGAGGGUCGAUCUGGAUCCCUUAAAGUCUCUCGCUGUCGGAACUAAAGACGCGUUUCUCUGGGCGUUGAGCGCGUCGCCACAGGCGGAGAGCCCACAGGAACGCAGUCCAGGGGUCUUCAGUCGCAUUGGCAGCUGGCUGUCGUGGGGUUGGGGCAGCCCGCCACCCAGUGGAGAUGCACCCUCGCCCGAGACACAGCAGCACAGCCGAGAGGAGGACGACAGAGAAACAGAGAGCGAGUGUUCAGCUGUAAAGGUCACACAUCACACCCCUGUCCCAGCAGAGAGAAGCCCCUCCCUGAGCCGGAAUGCCAAACAUUUGAGUUCUGCUGGGGGGAGAGGCUCGAGGGGUCACACCUCUCAGGUGUACCUGGAGGAAGACAGCGAUUCUGAUUUAUAUAUUAGCACAGAACCACACGUCACUUUUUCACCUCAGGUGACCUCUGACCUCACUGACCAACCGGAGUCGGACCAAAUGGGGCGGAGAAGAUCAGGGAAAAAAAGGAGGAGCUCUCAAGGAGAUGGGGGCGGGACUAAGACCAAGUCACCAACCACGAGUCAGCCCAGCAGCCCUGCAAUAACCAGUUUGGCAAGAAGCCCAGAGCCGGCGUGGGCUGAGUCAGCAUUUGAGGAGGCGCCAAAACCCGUUCCUGAAUUCCCCCAAGGAGAACCGCCAAACUCACCUGAAGCAGGUAGAGACGAGGAUAUAACAGAAUGGACAGAUGCACACAUUAGUGACACCGCUGGACCUUUGAGCUCACGGGACGCCCACGCUUUCACAGAUUCAGACAUGGAUGAAGAAACUGUCGUCAGACUCACAGAAACUCCAGAAUCCAAACGCAGAAGUCUCAAAGUGUCUCACAGUGAGAAGUUUUUUGCUAAGAGGGUUGUGGUCACGUCUACACCCCACACAGAGGAACAACAUGAGAAGUUCAAUGAAGCCGAAGACACGACGGACCAUAAACAGACGAAAGCUGAAGACAGGGCAAGAUGUGUAGAUAACUGGUCGGAUGGCCUAAGGAUAGUGAAAAGCACUCCUCAUGUGGGCCGAAUCUCAGACAAGAUCAGUUUGUUUGAAAGCCAAGCGAGCAACACGUUUAAGAGUAACUUCACACACCCGAGACGUCUGGAUAUUUCUCCAGCUCAAAAUGUGUCGAGACAAAGACAGUUCACAGAACCUACCGGCGCCAAAUCUGGUUCUGUUCAUUCAAGCCUGUCCGUUAAAGACCGGGCACUGAAUUUUAGCGCAGACCAGAGAGGAGACAUGACGUUUACACUACCGUCCACCACAGCGGGGGUAUCUGCUCGAACGUGGAACGGUGGACAAUUAAAAACAGCUGGUCACACUGAAACAUCUCCGUUUACGAAAAAGUUUGAGAAAUCUGCAGCAAAGGCAGGUACCAGCAGAGAGAAACCUGAGGUUAAACCCAAUCCUCCAUUAAACACAGAUCAAACAGACUCCAAAUCCCACAAUGCAACAGAGAAUGCAUCAAACGAUGAGAUUACAGAGAUUUCAUCACCGGCUGAUCAGAGCCAGCAGAUCAAAUCUCCCACCCGGACGGGCUCAAGAUCUAAAAAGCGCCGAAGCAAAGAAGCGACUCAACCGCUCAGCCCCACCAGCAAGAACAAACAGGAAGUUGGUCAAGAUAAACAGGAAGUGAGAGACACAGAAAGCUGUUCAGUGCCUGAUAUGCCCUCAAAACAUCUUACAGGUACAAAAACCACAGACCAAUGUUCUGAUAAAUUACCAACUAACAGCUCUCGUAUUCCAAAAGAAAAACCCGAAGACUUGGUAAGAGCAAAAACUCGGACGGUCGCAAAGCGUCACAAAGAGAUGGUUGAGAAGGUGGUGAGCCCCACAUCUGAAACAUCACAACCUUCACCUGCUUCUGCAACCCAAACCAAGAUCAGCUCCAAUGAGGACCAGACAGAACCAAAACACUCAGAACCAGAAGAGAGAAGAACAAACGAGAGCUCAGAAAGCGAGAGUCUGAAGAACAGAGACACGAUUGUGAAACCAGAUCCAUCUGUGACAAAUGAAGAGAAACCACCAGCCCCAGAGGAUCUGAAGGAGGCCAGCCCUAAAUACCCCUCUGAGCCGGCCAAUAGCAGCUCUGGGAAGGAUGUCGUGCGGAACGGAAAGAACAAGACAGAUUUUAAAGUGUUACCUGAGAAAGACACAGCUACAGCGAGAGAAACCUCUGAAUGUGUCCCGAAAUCAGAUGAGAAUAAAGACAACAUGACAAAAACACUCAAAAACAAUAACAUAUCUAAGCCAGAAAUGAAAACAAAGAUGAGCAAACCAAAGAAAACCUUAUCCAUCUCAACCAGGCAGAGAAAAAGAACAGAAACAACAGAAAAUUACAUUUCUAUUGAACUGACCAAUGAGAGCAGUGAAAACCCCUUUCCUCUAAUACAAUCUAAUAAUGAGAAUAUUUCUUUGAGCUCAGCCAAUGAGAACCACACUCCAUCAUCUCCCAGAGCCAGUGAAUUCUCCACAGAGCAGACAGAUGAGACCACCAUGAAACCAACAUCAACAGAUGAGACAACAUCCAGUUUAAAAACAUCAGCUCAUGAAAAGACCGCACCUCCUCCAGCCUCAACAGAAGAAACGACCACACCCACACCCUCAUUAACUGACAAACAGACCACACCCCCACCAGGAUCAACAGAAAAGAAGACCACACCCCCACCAGAAUCAUCUAUUGAAAAGACCACAGCUCUACCAACAUCAUCAUCAGACACAACUGUCACACCUUCACUGAGCUCCUCUAAUAAAAAGACCACACCUCCAGCUGUUGAGAAGACCACACCCCCAUCGGCAUCUACUAAUGAAAAGACCACACCUCCAACAGCAUUGUCAGUAGAACAGAUCACACCUCUUCCAACAUUGUCAGAAGAAAAGACCACACCCCCACCAGAAUCAUCUAAUGAAAAGACCACACCCCUAGCAUCAACAGACAAAACCGCCAAACCUCCAACAGCAUUAACUGUUGAGAAGACCACUCCCGCAGCAGCAGCAUCAACAAAGAAGACCACACUUCCACCAGAACCAACGGUUGAGAUAACCACACCUCCAGCAGCAUCGGAAGUAAAGAAGACCACAUCUCCAGCAGCAUCAUCGAAUGAAAAGACCACGCCCCCACCAGCAUCAUCUGAAAAGAAGACCACACCUCCACCAGCAUCAACUGUUGAGAAGACCACUCCCCCACCAGCAUCAUCAAAUGAAAAGACUACGCCCCCACCAGCAUCAUCUAAAAAGAAGACCACACCUCCACCAGCAUCAACUGUUGAGAUGACCACUCCCUCACCAGCAUCAUCUGAAAAGACCACGCCCCCACCAGCAUCAUCUGAAAAGAAGACCAAUCCUCCACCAGCAUCAUCAAAUGAAAAGACCACACCCCCACCAUUAUUAUCUAAUGAAAAGACCACGCCCCCACCAGCAUCAACUGUUGUGACGGUCACUCCCCCAGCAGUAUUAUCUAAUGAAAAGACUACACCUCCAGCAGCAUCAUAAAAUGAAAAGACCACGC